UCUCUCUCUCACACCGUCUUUCUCUCUCCCUAUCAAAUCCCUUCUCUCUAAUAUGCGAUCUUCAAAACCCUAGUUUCUUCGGAUCGCUUCCAAACUUGCGAUUAUCUCCAAGAUAGUCAAAUCCUUCGCUCUUUCUCCUUUUCUUUCUUCUCUCUUCUUCUUCUUCUUCUUCUCGUUCGUCUGCCUCACCGAUCUCCAUCAAUCCAAAGUAUUGGACCAGAUCACCCUCGUCGAUAUUUUUGAUUCGAUUCCACAAGUGAUUACUAGUUCUCUCAAUCGGUGUAAUGAUCAAUUCUCUAUCGUGUUGAGGAUUUAAAAUCAGUGCUUAAUCCUUCUAGUUUUGGAGCUCCUAACUGGAUUGUUUCUAAAUCAUGAAGCUUCGAAGGAGAAGAGCUUCGGAAGUGCCUACCAAAAUCAGUUUGUUCAUCAAUAGUGUUACUUCUGUUCCACUUGAGCUAAUACAAGAACCCCUUGCAAGCUUUCGCUGGGAAUUCGACAAGGGUGACUUCCAUCAUUGGGUGGACCUCUUCUAUCAUUUUGACACUUUUUUUGAGAAGCACGUAAAAGUAAGGAAGGAUCUGCGUAUUGAGGAAGAAUUUGAUGAAUCUGAUCCACCUUUCCCAAAGGAUGCUGUUCUUCAAGUUCUCAGAGUUAUCAGACUUGUUUUGGAGAACUGCACUAACAAACAGUUUUACACUUCUUAUGAGCAGCAUCUUUCUCUCCUACUUGCAUCUACUGAUGCAGAUGUUGUUGAAGCCUGUCUGCAGACGUUAGCUGCCUUUUUGAAAAGGCCAACUGGAAAAUACUCCAUAAGAGAUGCUUCUCUGAAUCUAAAACUAUUUUCCCUUGCACAAGGCUGGGGGGGAAAAGAGGAAGGCCUUGGCUUGACGUCAUGUGCCACAGAACACAGUUGUGAUCAGCUUUUUCUCCAGCUAGGGUGUACUCUUCUUUUUGAGUUUUAUGCUUCUGAUGAAUCACCAAGUGAGCUUCCUGGCGGUUUACAAGUUAUUCAUGUACCUGAUGUCAGCAUGCGGUCAGAGUCUGACCUGGAACUCCUGAACAAAUUAGUCAUUGAUCACAAUGUUCCUCCCAGUUUAAGAUUUGCGUUGCUGACCAGAUUGAGAUUUGCAAGGGCGUUCUCGUCUUUGGCAACCCGGCAACAGUAUACAUGCAUUCGCUUAUAUGCUUUCAUUGUUUUGGUUCAAGCAAGUGGUGACACUGAGAAUGUUGUUUCUUUCUUUAAUGGCGAACCGGAAUUUGUAAAUGAGUUAGUUACGCUGGUAAGCUAUGAGGAUACUGUGCCAGCGAAAAUAAGGAUACUAUGCUUGCAAUCCUUGGUUGCACUAUCGCAGGAUCGAACUCGGCAGCCGACUGUUUUAACUGCAGUCACCUCCGGCGGGCAUCGUGGUUUGCUAUCUGGCUUAAUGCAGAAAGCAAUUGAUUCUGUUAUUUGUAAUACUUCCAAGUGGUCUCUUGCUUUUGCAGAAGCCUUGUUAUCCCUUGUUACAGUCCUGGUUUCAUCAUCGUCUGGAUGUUCAGCCAUGCGAGAAGCUGGUCUUAUUCCGACCCUAGUGCCUCUCAUCAAAGAUACAGAUCCCCAGCACUUGCAUUUGGUCAGUACUGCUGUGCAUAUAUUAGAAGUCUUCAUGGAUUACAGCAAUCCAGCUGCUGCUUUGUUCAGAGAUUUGGGUGGCUUAGAUGAUACUAUCUUUCGGUUAAAACAGGAAGUCUCUCGAACUGAAGACGAUGUGAAAGAAAUUGUUUGCUGUUCUGGUAGUAAUGGGCCUGAAGACGAUACUGAACAACUUCCCUAUUCUGAAGCAUUAAUUUCGUAUCACAGGAGAUUGUUGUUAAAAGCGUUGUUACGUGCAAUAUCCCUUGGAACUUAUGCUCCUGGUAACACUAACCUCUACGGUUCCGAGGAGAGCUUGUUGCCUGAAUGCUUAUGCAUUAUCUUCCGGAGGGCAAAAGAUUUUGGGGGUGGAGUAUUCUCGCUUGCUGCCACUGUCAUGAGUGAUCUCAUUCAUAAAGAUCCCACUUGUUUCAAUGCUUUAGAUUCAGCUGGUUUAACUUCUGCCUUUCUUGAUGCUAUAUCUGAUGAGGUCAUAUGCUCUGCAGAAGCUAUAACAUGCAUUCCGCAGUGUCUGGAUGCUCUGUGUCUCAACAAUAGCGGUCUUCAAGCUGUGAAGGACCGAAAUGCCUUGAGGUGUUUUGUGAAAAUAUUUAGUUCUCCCUCUUAUCUGAAGGCUCUUACUAGUGAUACACCUGGUUCUCUGUCAAGUGGGCUUGAUGAACUCUUGAGACAUCAAUCUUCGUUGCGCACUUAUGGAGUUGAUAUGUUCAUUGAAAUCCUUAAUUCCAUCUUGAUUAUUGGAUCUGGGAUGGAGGCCACCACCUCUAAGUCAGCGGAUGUGCCUACUGAUGCUGCUCCUGUUCCUAUGGAAAUUGACGUUGAUGAGAAGAGCUUGGCAGUUUCGGAUGAGGCGGAACCAUCUUCUGACACUUCUCCAGCAAACAUUGAGCUAUUUCUGCCAGAUUGUGUGUGUAAUGUUGCUCGUCUCUUUGAAACAGUUCUUCAGAAUGCGGAAGUAUGUUCCCUGUUUGUUGAGAAGAAAGGAAUUGAUACUGUUUUGCAGCUAUUCUCUUUACCUCUUAUGCCUCUAUCAACCUCUCUUGGUCAAAGUUUUUCUGUCGCUUUUAAGAACUUCUCCCCUCAGCAUUCAGCUGGUCUUGCCCGAAUAUUGUGCUCCUACUUAAGAGAACAUCUGAAGAAGACAAACAACCUUUUGGUUUCCAUUGAAGGUACUCAGCUUCUUAAAUUAGAGUCUGCGGUCCAGACAAAGAUUUUGAGAUCUCUUUCUUGCCUAGAAGGCAUGUUGUCCCUCUCCAACUUUUUGUUGAAAGGAUCAGCUUCAGUUAUCUCAGAAUUGAGUGCUGCUAAUGCUGAUGUACUGAAAGAACUUGGUAUAACAUACAAGCAAACGAUUUGGCAGAUGGCCUUGUGUAAUGAUACUAAGGAAGAUGAAAAAAAGAGUGUUGAUCGAGCAUCUGAUAAUUCAGUUUCAGCAUCAUCCAGUACUGCUGAAAGAGAGAGUGAUGAGGAUUCAAGCAAUGCUUUAGCAGUUAGAUACACAAACCCUGUAUCCAUUAGAAGCAGUAGCUCUCAGUCUAUUUGGGGUGGGCAUCGCGAAUUUCUGUCUGUUGUGCGUUCUGGCAGAGGUGUUCAUGGUCAUACCCGCCACGCAAUAGCCCGAAUGAGGGGUGGGAGAACUCGUCGGCACCUGGAGUCUUUUAAUUUUGAUUCUGAAAUUCCAGCGGAUCUGCCAGUAACCUCAUCUUCCCAUGAGCUGAAAAAGAAAAGCACCGAAGUUCUUAUUGCUGAAAUUUUAAACAAGCUGAAUUGUACACUACGUUUUUUUUUCACAUCCCUUGUGAAAGGAUUUACCUCUGCUAAUCGUCGCAGGAUUGAUGGGCCAUCAUUGAGUUCAGCAUCUAAGACUCUUGGUACUGCCCUAGCUAAAGUAUUUCUUGAAGCUCUUAACUUCCAGGGGUACGGUGCUGCUGCUGGGCCUGAUACAUCUCUGUCACUGAAGUGCCGGUACCUUGGAAAAGUGGUAGAUGACAUAACUUUCCUGACAUUUGAUACUCGAAGGAGGGUCUGUUUUACAGCUAUGGUGAAUAGUUUUUAUGUCCAUGGAACAUUUAAGGAACUUCUCACCACCUUUGAAGCUACAAGCCAGUUGCUUUGGAAAGUGCCGUUUUCUAUUCGUGCAUCUAGUACUGAGAAUGAGAAGUCAGGUGAGAGAAAUUUAUGGUCUCACAGUAAGUGGCUGGUAGAUACUCUUCAAAACUAUUGCCGAGCACUGGACUAUUUUGUUAACUCUACGUAUCUUUUAUCUCCAACCUCUCAAACGCAGCUUCUUGUACAGCCAGCUUCAGUUGAUUUGUCGAUUGGACUUUUUCCUGUACCAAGGGAACCUGAGACUUUUGUGCGAAAUCUGCAGUCUCAGGUUCUGGAAGUCAUACUACCUAUAUGGAACCACCCUAUGUUUCCAGAUUGCAAUCCUAAUUUUGUUGCUUCAGUUACCUCCCUUGUUACACAUAUUUACUCUGGUGUUGUGGAUACUAGGGAAAAUCGAAGUGGUGCUACUCAGGGUACAAACCAAAGAGCCUUGCCUCUACAGCCUGACGAAGCCAUUGUUGGUAUGAUUGUUGAAAUGGGAUUUUCAAGGUCAAGGGCUGAAGACGCAUUACGAAGAGUGGGAACGAACAGUGUUGAGAUGGCUAUGGACUGGUUGUUUACCAAUCCUGAGGAUCCUGUGCAGGAAGAUGACGAAUUGGCUCAAGCACUUGCACUAUCUCUUGGAAAUUCAUCUGAAACUCCAAAACUUGAGGAUACAGAAAAGCCUGUAGAUGUUCCGCAGGAAGAAGCAGAACCAAAAGAACCUCCUGUUGAUGAAGUCAUUGCUGCAUCAGUGAAGUUAUUUCAGAGUGAUGAUUCUAUUGCUUUCCCGUUAGUGGAUUUGUUUGUGACACUAUGUAACCGAAACAAAGGGGAAGAUCGGCCAAAAAUCGUGUUUUAUCUUAUUCAGCAACUGAAGCUUGUACAACUUGAUUUCUCCAAGGAUACUGGUGCUUUGACUAUGAUACCACACAUUUUAGCAUUAGUACUCUCAGAAGAUGAUAACACACGAGAAAUUGCUGCACAGGAUGGUAUUGUGGCCGUAGCAAUUGGUAUCUUGACGGAUUUCAACCUUAAGAGUGAAUCUGAAACUGACAUUCUGGCUCCAAAAUGCAUUAGUGCUUUGCUUCUUGUAUUGAGCAUGAUGCUGCAGGCACAGACAAGACUCUCGUCUGAAUAUGUGGAAGGAAAUCAAGGUGGAUCUUUAGUGCUGAGUGAUUCUCCGCAAGACUCAACAGCAGCUUUAAAGGACGCGUUAUCUUCAGAUGUUGCUAAAGGGGAGUCAAACCAGGCUUUGGAAUCGAUGUUUGGGAAAUCUACAGGCUAUCUGACCAUGGAAGAGAGUUCUAAAGUUUUACUAAUCGCCUGUGGCCUCAUAAAGCAGCGUGUUCCAGCUAUGAUCAUGCAGGCUGUGCUUCAGCUAUGUGCCCGUCUAACGAAAUCACAUGCUUUAGCUAUCCAGUUUCUGGAAAAUGGAGGCUUAUCUUCACUUUUUAAUCUUCCGAAAAAAUGUUUUUUCCCUGGGUAUGAUACUGUUGCAUCUGUUAUUGUACGGCAUCUUGUUGAAGAUCCUCAGACUCUCCAAAUUGCUAUGGAAACAGAAAUACGUCAGACCUUGAGUGGGAAGAGACAUAUAGGUAGAGUAUUACCUCGGACAUUCCUGACGACAAUGGCACCUGUAAUUUCAAGAGAUCCGGUUGUUUUUAUGAAAGCUGUGGCUUCAACUUGUCAGUUGGAGUCAUCAGGAGGUACGGACUUUGUGAUACUGACAAAGGAAAAAGAAAAGCCGAAAGUUUCUGGCAGUGAACACGGGUUUUCUUUAAAUGAACCCCUUGGAAUAUCUGAAAAUAAGCUUCAUGAUGGGUCAGGAAAAUGUUCAAAAAGCCACAGAAGAGUCCCCACUAACUUCAUCCAAGUUAUUGAUCAGCUUAUUGACAUUGUCUUGAGUUUUCCUGGGUUGAAGAGGCAGGAAGGUGAAGCAGCCAAUUUAAUUUCGAUGGAUGUUGAUGAGCCAACUACUAAAGUGAAGGGUAAAUCAAAAGUUGGUGAGCCGGAGAAAGCAGAACUUGGGUCUGAAAAAUCUGAAGAAUUGGCCAGGGUAACUUUUAUUUUGAAGUUGUUGAGUGAUAUUGUUCUCAUGUACCUACAUGGUACCAGUGUCAUACUGAGACGGGAUACAGAAAUAUCUCAACUUCGAGGGUCCAAUCUACCUGAUGAUUCACCUGGAAAUGGAGGGUUAAUUUACCAUGUCAUUCAUCGAUUGCUUCCUAUAUCUCUCGAAAAGUUUGUUGGACCUGAAGAAUGGAAGGAGAAACUGUCUGAAAAGGCGUCCUGGUUUCUGGUUGUUUUGUGCAGUCGUUCCAAUGAAGGGCGUAAAAGAAUAAUCAAUGAGCUUACGAGGGUUCUAUCCGUAUUUGCUUCCUUGGGAAGGAGUUCGAGUCAAAGUGUUCUAUUACCUGAUAAAAGAGUUCUUGCUUUUGCUAACCUGGUUUAUUCGAUCUUGACAAAGAAUUCAUCUUCAAGCAAUUUCCCUGGUUGUGGCUGUUCACCUGACGUUGCAAAGAGCAUGAUAGACGGGGGAACUAUCCAGUGUCUGACCAGCAUCCUUAACGUGAUUGAUCUUGACCACCCUGAUGCCCCAAAGCUUGUCACUCUUAUUCUCAAGUCUCUCGAGACACUGACGAGGGCUGCAAAUGCCGCUGAGCAGCUAAAAUCAGAAGUACCAAAUGAGCAAAAAAAUACAGAUUCUGAUGAGAGACAUGAUAGUCAUGGAACUUCAACUUCAACUGAAGUUGAUGAGCUGAAUCAAAAUAAUAGCAGUCUACAGCAAGUAACAGAUGCAGUAGAUAAUGGACAGGAGCAGCCUCAAGUUUCCUCUCAGAGUGAAGGUGAAAGGGGUUCUAGUCUAACCCAGGCUAUGCUUCAGGAGAUGAGGAUAGAGGGCGAUGAGACAAUACUGCCUGAACCUAUUCAGAUGGAUUUCUUUCGAGAAGAGAUUGAAGGUGAUCAAAUCGAAAUGAGUUUUCAUGUUGAAGAUAGGGCUGACGAUGAUGUAGAUGAUGACAUGGACGAUGAAGGAGAGGAUGAUGAAGGAGAUGAUGAAGAUGCAGAUUCAGUGGAAGAUGGAGCUGGUGUUAUGUCUAUUGCUGGAACUGAUGUUGAAGACCCUGAAGAUACUGGCCUUGGAGAUGAAUAUAAUGAUGACAUGGUUGAUGAAGAUGAGGAAGAUGAGGAUGAAUAUAAUGAUGACAUGGUUGAUGAAGAUGAGGAUGAUGAGGAUGAAUAUAAUGAUGACAUGGUGGAUGAAGAUGAGGAUGAUUUCCACGAGACUCGUGUAAUAGAAGUGCGGUGGAGGGAAGCUCUUGAUGGGCUGGAUCACUUCCAGAUUGUUGGGCGAUCUGGUGGUGGAAAUGGUUUUAUUGACGAUAUUACUGCUGAGCCGUUUGAAGGUGUGAAUGUAGACGAUCUGUUUGCUCUGCGGAGAUCCUUGGGCUUCGAGCGUAGACGUCAAACAGGCAGAUCUUCUUUUGAUCGAUCUGGCUCAGAAGUACAUGGUUUUCAGCAUCCGCUCUUCUCCAGGCCUUCACAAACUGGCAAUACAGCGUCAGUUUCAGCAAGUGCUGGCAGUAUAUCCAGGCAUUCAGAAGCUGGCAGCUACGACGUAGCACAAUUUUACAUGUUUGAUUCACCGGUUCUACCAUUUGAUCAAGUACCAGUUGAUCCUUUUAGUGAUCGUUUAGGAGGUGGUGGGGCACCUCCUCCUUUGACUGAUUAUUCUGUUGUGGGUAUGGAUUCAUCAAGAAGAGGGGUUGGUGAUAGUCGGUGGACUGAUGUAGGUCACCCUCAGCCUAGUAGCCUAUCUGCUUCAAUUGCCCAGUUGAUAGAAGAACAUUUUAUUACCAACUUGCGUGCUUCUGCUCCAGUAGAUACUGUUGUUGAAAGGGAGACUAAUACCACAGAAGUCCAAGAGCAGCAGCAGCCGGAUGUUCCUCCAUCUGUUGGAAGCGAAACUGUUUUGGGUGAUGGUAACGAAGGUGGUGAACAAAGUGAAGAACAUGAACUGUUAAAUAACAAUGAAGUUAUGCACCCUCUUCCUUUGAACAGUACACCGAAUGAGAUUGAUAGAAUGGAAGUUGGGGAAGGGGGUGGAGCACCUAUUGAGCAAGUAGACCGUGAAGCAGUGCAUCUUAUCUCCAGUGCUCAGGGUCAAUCUGAUACUUCCGGUAUUCAAAAUGUGUCUGUUACCGCUAUCCCUCCUCCAGUAGAUGAUCCUGAUUCUAAUUUUCAACCAAGUGUUGAUGUAGAUAUGAGUAGUGAUGGUGCAGAGGGAAAUCAAAGUGUACAACCUUCACCUUUGGACGGUGACAACAAUGAGCUCUCAUCCAUGGAAGCUACACAAGAUGUGAGGAAUGAUGAACAAGUUGAUGAAGGUAGCUUGGAUGGUAGGGCACCUGAAGUGAAUGCCAUCGAUCCUACAUUUUUGGAAGCGCUCCCUGAAGAUUUGCGGGCAGAAGUCCUUGCUUCUCAGCAAGCUCAGUCCGUCCAGCCUCCAACUUAUGAACCACCUUCAGUAGACGACAUAGAUCCUGAAUUUUUGGCUGCGCUUCCCCCAGAGAUCCAAAGAGAGGUUCUUGCUCAACAAAGAGCACAAAGGAUGUUACAGCAGUCACAAGGACAGCCAGUUGACAUGGAUAAUGCUUCGAUUAUUGCUACUCUACCUGCUGAUUUACGAGAAGAGGUUCUCUUAACUUCUUCAGAAGCAGUUUUGGCAGCUUUGCCUCCACCUUUACUUGCGGAAGCGCAGAUGCUCAGAGACCGAGCAAUGAGGCACUAUCAAGCUCGUAGUAGAGUUUUUGGAAGUAGCCACAGGCUAAAUAAUCGGAGGAAUGGUUUGGGUUAUAGGCUGACAGGGAUGGAGAGGGGUGUUGGAGUCACUAUUGGUCAGAGGGAUGUUUCGUCUUCUGCAGAUGGCUUGAAAGUAAAAGAGAUUGAAGGAGACCCUCUUGUGAAUGCUGAUGCCUUGAAAUCACUAAUCAGGCUAUUACGACUAGCACAGCCGUUGGGAAAAGGCCUUCUGCAGAGGCUUCUUUUAAAUCUAUGUGCUCACAGUUUUACAAGAGCAAAUCUGGUUCAACUUUUACUGGAUAUGAUUAGGCCAGAGAUGGAAACAUUACCGAGCGAGUUGGCUUUAACUAAUCCGCAAAGACUCUAUGGCUGUCAAUUAAAUGUUGUUUAUGGUCGAUCCCAGCUGUUGAAUGGUCUUCCUCCUUUAGUGUUCCGUCGGGUGCUUGAGGUUUUGACGUACUUGGCUACAAAUCAUUCGGCUGUUGCUGACAUGUUGUUUUAUUUUGAUUCGUCACUUCUAUCCCAGUUGUCAAGCCGAAAAGGUAAAGAGAAAGUUACUCAUGAGACAGAUUCCCGGGAUCUGGAGAUACCUCUGGUUGUCUUCCUUAAACUGCUUAAUCGGCCUCAGCUUUUGCAGAGUACAUCUCAUCUAGCGCUGGUCAUGGGCUUGCUGCAAGUAGUUGUCUACACAGCAGCGUCCCGAAUUGAGGGUUGGUCUCCGUCAUCAGGAGUGCCUGAGAAACUAGAAAACAAACCUGUCGGUGAAGAAGCUUCAAGUGAAACACAAAAAGAUGCUGAAUCUGAGCUAUCUGUUGCAAGAAGAAAGAAUUGUGCUGAAUUAUAUAACAUAUUCUUGCAGUUACCACAGUCGGACCUCUGCAAUCUUUGCAUGCUUCUUGGAUAUGAAGGGUUAUCGGAUAAAAUUUACUCGUUAGCGGGAGAGGUACUGAAAAAGUUGGCUGCCGUAGAUGUUACUCAUCGCAAGUUUUUUACAAAAGAACUCUCAGAGUUGGCGAGUGGUUUGAGUUCCUCAACUGUCCGUGUGCUGGCAACACUAAGCACUACACAGAAGAUGAGUCAGAAUACAUGUUCCAUGGCAGGUGCUUCAAUUCUCCGUGUUCUGCAAGUGCUUAGCUCCCUAACUUCCACUAUUGAUGAUAGCAAUGUGGGAACCGACAAAGAAACAGAUCAGGAGGAACAAAACAUUAUGCAGGGACUAAAGGUGGCAUUAGAGCCCUUGUGGCAGGAACUUGGCCAGUGUAUCAGCAUGACUGAGUUGCAGCUCGAUCAUACUGCAGCUACAUCAAAUGUCAAUCCUGGAGAUCAUGUUCUAGGGAUCUCUCCUACGUCAUCUCUCUCUCCAGGAACUCAGAGUCUCCUGCCUCUUAUUGAGGCUUUCUUUGUUCUCUGUGAGAAGAUUCAAACUCCGUCAAUGUUACAGCAGGAUGCAACUGUGACAGCGGGAGAAGUAAAGGAGUCGUCUACUCAUGGUUCUUCAUCGAAAACCAUUGUAGAUUCUCAGAAGAAAAUUGAUGGUUCUGUUACAUUUUCAAAGUUUGUGGAGAAGCACAGGCGGCUUUUAAAUUCAUUUGUUAGGCAAAAUCCAAGUUUGCUGGAGAAGUCUUUUUCAAUGAUGCUCAAGGCACCAAGGCUGAUUGAUUUUGACAACAAGAAAGCGUACUUCAGGUCAAGAAUAAGGCACCAACAUGAUCAACAUAUUUCUGGGCCAUUACGUAUUAGUGUCCGCCGAGCUUAUGUGUUGGAAGAUUCAUACAACCAGUUACGUAUGCGCUCCCCACAGGAUCUGAAGGGACGUCUGAAUGUGCAGUUUCAAGGUGAGGAAGGUAUUGAUGCUGGUGGCCUGACCCGAGAAUGGUAUCAGUUAUUGUCAAGAGUUAUAUUUGACAAAGGAGCGUUGCUCUUCACUACCGUUGGAAAUGAUGCCACCUUCCAACCGAAUCCCAAUUCUGUUUACCAAACUGAGCAUCUAUCAUACUUCAAAUUUGUUGGUCGCAUGGUGGCAAAGGCGUUGUUUGAUGGGCAGCUUUUGGAUGUCUAUUUCACCCGUUCUUUCUAUAAACACAUACUUGGUGUGAAGGUGACUUAUCAUGACAUUGAGGCGGUGGAUCCUGAUUACUACAAGAAUUUGAAGUGGCUAUUAGAGAAUGAUGUGAGCGACAUACUCGACCUCACAUUUAGUAUGGACGCAGAUGAGGAAAAACACAUUCUUUACGAGAAGACUGAGGUGACGGACUAUGAACUUAAACCUGGAGGACGAAACAUACGGGUAACAGAAGAAACAAAACAUGAAUAUGUUGACCUUGUGGCCGACCACAUACUUACCAGUGCUAUACGCCCUCAAAUCAACGCUUUCCUAGAAGGCUUAAAUGAGUUGAUACCUCGUGAGCUUGUAUCAAUUUUCAAUGAUAAAGAGCUUGAGCUCCUAAUCAGCGGGUUGCCUGAGAUUGAUUUUGAUGAUCUAAAAGCAAAUACCGAGUAUACCAGCUACACGGUAGGGUCCCCUGUUAUUCGUUGGUUCUGGGAGGUUGUCAAAGCUUUCAGCAAAGAAGAUAUGGCUAGAUUUCUUCAAUUUGUCACUGGAACAUCAAAGGUUCCCUUGGAAGGCUUCAAGGCACUGCAAGGUAUUUCUGGCCCUCAAAGAUUACAAAUCCACAAAGCAUAUGGAUCUCCGGAGCGGCUGCCAUCAGCUCAUACAUGUUUUAACCAACUAGACCUCCCUGAGUAUCAAUCUAAGGAACAAGUUCAGGAACGCCUGCUUCUUGCAAUUCACGAAGCCAAUGAAGGUUUUGGGUUUGCUUGAACAAAGCUUAAGAAGAAGGAAGAGCUUUUGAUUAAGAGCAAGAAAUAGAAAACGCAAGUGGCUAUUUUUGUCUGUCCAUAUAUUAUGUUAGUAUAUUAGUCCAUUGUUUUUUUUUUAGGCUUUCUCUCUAUUUCCUUAGAUUUUGUUAAAAAUAGUUGCAAACUCUCAAAUAUUAGUAGUUGAUAUUUGCUAUCCAUUUUUAUAAGAUGAGAAAAUUACAUAACUGCUGGUCAUUAUUUUGAAUACUUCCUUUCUGUCACGCGUAUUGGCAUAUUCCUCAACCAACAUACG